UCUCUCCCAAUCCAGACAAAGGGGACGACGGAUCCGCGGCGGCGCGCACUGAGCCUGAGCAUCUCAGCACCUUGGAUUGAUCCGACGCGCAAGAACGCACCGGCACACACGCGAGCACGCCCUCCAGAUCUACCUGAAACCUCCACGCCAGUUAAUUGUCAUUGUUGAAGGGCGAGAAAAGGGAGAUUGAACCCCGAUUUUAUUCGCAGCCUCGCCGUGUUCCCAUGAUGUCAUACCUGUGGAUUCUGCUAUUAGGAAGCCUGCUGGCUACGCACGCCAAGGCACAAGAUGAUAUAAUCCCAACAGUAGAGCCAUCUAUUGAAACUCCCACAUCUAAAGCAGAUGUAGAGGUCAUCGACCAGCAUAACCUUGGGGAGGUGGUCACUGCAACUGAGGAAGUAUUGCAGCCUGAGCCCACUGCUGACCCUGAGGCUGAAUUAAUCCAAGAAGCAAAUGCUGCAGAUGUAAGCACAGAGCCAGUGCCUACAGAUGCUCCUGCAGGGGAGGAGGGUCAAUCAGCGAGUCCUACGACUGGAGAAACAGAACCAGUUAUUUCUGACGCGCCUACAACUACACAAGCUGCUGAUUCUGAGGAUGACACUCCAGAAGCUACGCAAACAGCAGUUAAUGAGGAGGUGCAACCCACCACAAAUGCGAAUACAACACCUGCUCAAGACGAGAGUGGACUUCAUGACAUCAUAACAACAGUAGGUCUAGAAGCCAAUGAGGAGGCACCAACUGAUCCAUCUGCUAAUGAAGAGUCAUCCACAGAUGAUUUCACAACCACAGAUGAAACUGUCACUAUAAAUCCAGGGUUUAACAUUGAGAAGACGUCAAUUGCAGAGCAGGAAACACAUGGGUUCAACCAUGAAAGUCCCGUGAAGAGCAGGAUGGGACCACAGCAGAAUUCAGGGUUAAACCAGGAAAGUCCCGUGGAGAAGAGGGUGGUAACACACCAGGAGUUAGGUGCACCUCUGUCAAACGACGAAAAUAAAAGCCAAGAUGUGCCUCCUUUGGGUGCCUCAGAGAGCGGUGCAGAUCAACAGCCCCAAAAGGCCAGCUCAAGCUCUUUAGCAGCAAUCCUUAGUGCGAUUGUUGUGUCUGCAGUGGGAGCAAUCGCUGGAUACUUCACCUAUCAACAGAAGAAGCUGUGCUUCAAAAAUAGACAGGAAGCAGACCCUGAGGCUCCACACAAAGCUGAUGCAGCAGAGGCUCGGUCAGAUCCCCAGGUUCUUAGCAACCUUCUGAACUCCUCCUAGACCUGAAACGAUCACCUUACCGCCCGGGCCAACUACAGUCUAGCAAAGUGGCAAUCUCACUGUUCGGCUCUGUCCUCUGUAGAGCUAAAUUACUGUGAGGCCCCAGAGUAGGGCUGCGUGUUUCAGUCUGAAUUUCUAUGUCUGUAUGUUGCUCUACACGAGCUUGCGUGGAUGUGUCUCAGUGUGCGUGUGAAUAAUAUCCGUUCAUUCUUGUGUGUGCAUAAAUGUGGAAAGAAGGAGCUAGAAAAAGAUCAUGUGAUCUUUAGGGCUUUCAUUAUUGUUAAAAAAAAUGUAUUAAAAUAAUUGGUCAAACACUCUACUUCAAACCAAAUUAUUAUAAUUUUUUUCAGAGUGGCCAUUAAAGAGAUUUAAUCUCAAUUUACGUAUAACCAUAAAAUGGAUUAAUUAUAUACCUACCUUUUAAUUUUAUUUAUAUGGCUACUAUUAAUUCAAUGUAAAUACAAAACAGUAACUGAAAUCGAUGUUGUAGGUGUUUAACUUGUAAUUGUUUCUUUGGAAUUUUAUACAAUUUUGCCAUUGUUGAACUGCCCGUAUGAUUUUAAAUCAUUUAGAUAAGACAUUUCUUUUUCAAUUAUCUAUAGUACAGAUGCAGGUUAACUGGAUAACAGGGGGACACAGUAGCAAGCAUUUUGUGGAGUCUGGUUAGGAGCUGUGGUAAAGGAUUUAAAGACGAGUAUUCUUGGGAUGCGUGGUCAAAUGUGUUUAGAUGACCACCGAUGUCACUGAAUGUGUGUGCUUGUUUUCUGAUAGGUGAAGGGGCUUGAUUUAAAAUCCUGUUAAGUGACCGUUUCUCCUCGGUCGGUUGAAUACAUUAAAAGAUGACACAAAUCAAAUACAGCCUAAGAUUCAAGUCAUAUUAAUUUAGGAAAUACCAAAAACAAGCCAACAAAAAUAUAUUGUGUAAACUUACUAAAGUACGAUGAAGUAAAGUCUAAUCCAGUGUUGUUUCUGUAAAUGGAUGAAUGGUCACCUGACAUGGACAAAUUCAAUGGAGGUCAUGUAGUAAUGUAUUAGACUUUGUUCUGAUGUAGUAUGUGUGUAGUUGUGAAGCAGUCUUUUUUUUUUCUCUAUAGUGCCUUUCACUGACACAGCCUGGCUUGAGCAAUCUACAGACACACAGAGAAGAUAUACAGGGUGACAAAUUAAAGGAAAAGCCUAAAUGGAUGGUUUAUGCUGCAGGGAGAUUUUUUUUGUUGCUGUUUCAAAUUUCAAAUUUCUGAGCUAUUCUAAAUUUAAAACAUUUCACUUUGAUGGCUGAAGUCUCUUACAAGAUGAAAAUACACCCAUCCAAAUUGCCUGUUUAAUUGCUUGGUAAGAAUGAAAAUAAUGGGAUCCAUAAACUAUGGACUUAUCAGUCCGAGAUCUCCCCCCAGGUCUCCAACAACGUUAUCAAAAUACAUAAUGAGGGAAUAUUUUUUCAGAAGAAUAUUGUUUUAUUCCUCCAAUAGUUCCAGAGACACACCAAACUGAUGUCAGUUUGGUGUGAUGAACUGGCUUAACACUUUAAACACCCUUAAUGCUGGGUCAACCUUUAACUUUUUACCCAUCUGUUACUGAGAAGACAAGCAAACCAGUAGGAGGCUAUAACAAUGAAAGAGUGUUCUGUAUUCAUUCUUAAUCUGUCCUUUACGCAAUUACAUUUUUAAAAAUUAAACUGCUCAUGCAUGUAAAAUAAUAACAACACAAACAUAACAGCUGCUGUAUGUGUGUCCACAGUCGGGCCGUUUGCAGUCUUAGUUAUUUUAGCUAAUCUUGCAAUCUAAACUCUUUCAACCACCUCCGCUGGUGGCAGAUGUAAAACUCUUCUCAUUGUGUGUCUCUUUAUUUGAGCAAGCCAGCUGCUGUAACAGUGUAUUUUUAUUGUUCAUGUAUCCACAUUACAAACGCCAUUCACUUGUGAUUUUUUUAUAGGAAUCCUUUACAUUUAGCAGCCGUGCCUCGGAGCCGACAGAUUGUCUUUAGUCAACUUGUUUGCUGUGCUAUUUUGUUAAUAUUAUUGUAAAAUGCGAAGAAUGCAGCGCUACUGCUUUUUUCCAAAUGUAGCACACACACAAAAAAAUCGUAACUUCUGAAUGUCUUUUUUGUUGCCUUGAAGUUUUGUACUUGCCCUGCUCCCUUUAAACUUUGAUAUAUAGCUAUAGAGGCUGCAUAGUGCUGCAGGUCAUGUAAUGUGUGUUACUUGUAAAGCACCAUAUAGCUGCAAUACAGGACAGAGACUGUUGCUAACAGCCUAGCCUCAAGCUGAGAAAUGUUAAUAAUCUGUGAUCAAUUCCACUCUACAAACUGUGGGUCAGACGCAGUGUCAGCGAUCUGCCUUCUUAACCUGUAAUCUGUGACAGACAAAAGCUGUUUUCUCUUGUAACACUGAACUACGUAGAUAGUGUAUCAGGAGUGACAAUGCACAAAAAAUACCCACUCAAUAAUAAUAAUACAAAUAGGACUAGCCACCGAUGCCUUCAAAAUACAAAUUUUUUCUUUAAACGCAGUACUGCCCUGCAGUGAACAAAAGCACUGAAAUGUCCUGCGAUGCUCUUUUAGAUAACUUCCUGUAAUGGAGACUCGUACAAUAAUCCAGAAAAAUUCGAUAUGCGUUGCUUGCACUGAGGACAUCAUGGUCAACAAUACAUUUUGCCGAAACACUCUCGGUCAAUAAUUCAGUCUUAUUUAUAUUAUAUCAAUUCACAACUACAGUCACCUCAUGGUGCUUGAUCCCAGCAAUACAACGUAUCAGAACAAAGCAUUCAAACCAGAAUGUAAACCUUGAGUGUUGUAAACUCAUUGGGUCCUGAAGUGCACUUGCCACAUAACACUAGGGCAUCAAUCAUGGCACUGACCAGUCCUGCCUUAUUCCUUAUAUGCUCUUGAAUAUUCCUGAUAGGAAAACAAACAAUAAUGUCAUCAUAAAAAAACGACACAGCGACACAAGCAGAGAUUUUUUUUGUAAUCUCAAUGGGAGAAGCACGUUCCUAUCCUGUAUACAUCUUGAUUUACUACACAUAUAUAGACAAUUCAUUUGUUCUUCUUCUGACUUCCUGUUUAUUUAAAUAUUCUGUGUGGUUUUUGUGUAGGAACUGUCCUUUUUAUUUUUGUCAUCUGGCACUUGUGUUCUUCUGGAGUUGUGUAAAUAAUGUUUGAGGAAUCAAUUAAACAGUUUUUGUGGGA